AUGGCAGAGAGUGCUUUUCCACUGACCGAACGAAGGAAGAUCGAUGAGAAGGGCGCCUACUUGCACUUUCCGGGCAUCACAGUCGUUUGUGAUCUGGCACUCGAGUCCCGUGCCUCCUUGUCGCAUCUGCCUGACUUGCUGAAGGCCUCGCCACUCCUGGGGCCUUAUUUGGCGCCGCUGCCCGUGACCAGCUAUCAUGUGACGCUGCUGGACAUUUGUUGCCAGUACAAGUUGGGUUUGGACGAUGAGGCCUGGUGCUCCUUUUGCGCCCACCCCCGCUGGGCGGCGGCCGCGAAGCUUCUGCGCGGCAUCUCCGGGGAGCGCGGCGAGGAGUCCCCCGAGGCGCCCUUCGUGCUGCGGCUGGCGGUGGAACGGCUCGAGAUCUCCCAUGGCUGCGUAGGUUUGGUCUUGCGUGCUUGUGGCGAGACGCCCGAGCAUCCCAGUGCUGUGGCUGUGGGGCGUAGAUUGGAAGGUUUGUUGGAGGCUCAGCCUCAGAAGUGGCCGUGGCACCUCACCCUGGCCUACGGCCUCAACGGCCUCCGCCGGACAGCAGAGUCAGAGCCCACGGCGGUGGAGGCAGAACGGCACGCCUUGGAGGAGCAGAUCCGGCGGGCGCUGCCCGACGAGCUCCGCUUCGCCCAGGCAGAGCUUUGCCGCUUUGAAGACAUGACGGCUUUUGUGCCCUGGGACGGUGAAGCACCGGCGACGGAGCGCACAAAAAGGGGUCCGCGGGGCUCGGGUGCAGCGCCCUUGGAGAAGCUUCUGGAACUGGGCAAGAAGCCGCUCUUGGGUGGGGAGGCGCAUGGCGCAGCACGGAGGGUUGGGCCAGUGAUCCCGCCAAAGGAGCUGAUGUCAUGGCGGCCAAGGGGUGCUGAUCCAAAGUCGCGACAUGCCUCCCGGCACCCUGCAGUGGUGGGCCAAUCCAAUGAGGGAGCCCUCCUCCAGGAGCGACACGGAGCUCAAAGAACUCCAACGCCAUGUGGAGAAUGGAUGGUCCUUCCCCAGGGACACCUUGCAAUUGUCGCCCUUGAGCGUGACGCUCUUCUUGCUGAAGUGCCUCGAGGUCUUACCCACGCCAUUGCUGCCGGCCAUCCUAGUGCAGGAUGCGGCGGGCGAUGCCAAGAAGAUCUCCUCCACGCUGCGAAGUUUGCCUGA